AUGAGUUAUUAUAAUUGCCCUCAACAACAAGAACCCUUUUCCGCUAUCUUACGACCUGCAUUGCCACCUCCAAAUUAUAUCAAUGCAUAUCAACCAGACGUAAGUCAUAAUCGAAGCAAUAGUACUAACUCCACCAACAGUGCACUGCAAAAUAUAUUACCUCCUAUACUUCCAAGAAUUGCACCUGCGGGUCCAUUGCCCUUACCAGCAACUCCUCAAUCUAGACCUCGUCCUUCUAGACCAAAAUAUAAAAUUAAAACUGAUAAAACAGCAUGGACUGCGGAUGAAGAUAAUUUACUUCGUCUUGCCGUUCAACUUUAUGGUGAUAGGUCAGAAAGAUGGACGAAAAUUGCUGCCUGCGUUCCUGGUAGAACAAAUAAAAUGUGCAGAAAACGUUGGUUUCAUUCACUUGAUCCAAAUCUACGUAAAGGUCCAUGGACUGAAGAGGAAGAUGAACUUUUAAGAAAGGCUGUUGAAAAACAUAAUAGAGUAUGGUGUAAAGUUGCUGAAUUUAUUCCAGGUCGUACCGAUGAUCAAUGCGCUAAAAGAUGGAAAGAAUGUUUAGAUCCUGACAUUGAUCAUACGGAAUGGUCAACUAUCGAAGAUAAUUUAUUAAUUGAUAAAUACGAGGAAUUUGGAAGUCAAUGGCAACAGAUUGCCCAAUUCUUUCCAGGACGUCCAGGAUUACAUUGUCGAAAUAGGUGGAGAAAAAUUCAAAGGCUCAAGAAAGCACACAAAGAUCCUUCAAUGGAUAUGGUUAUCAAUAUCAUAACUCCUAAUGAUAUAACUACACCAAGUUCUUCUUCUUCGCCUCAUACUUCAACCUCUUCUCUAUCGACGUCAUUACAUUCAACACCUCAAAAUAUGCAUUCAACCAUGCAACAAAAUAUGCAGCAAAAUCUACAACAAAGUUUACAAUCGAAUACACAGUUCAAUUUAUCAACGAAUAACGUGCAAUCGAACGUACAACAAUCAAAUACACAACCGCAUGUACAAUCGCGCUCGUCUCCCAUCAUGUCACGUCAGAACGUAAAUUUGCAACAAUCACACGUUCAUUCGAACUUGCAACAGCAACAACAACAUUUGCAAUCACAUUUAUUGGACAACAAUCCACCUUCAAAUCUACAAUCGGAUUCGGAUUUACAUUCCCAUAUGACAUCAAACCUACAAGCCAAUUUGAGUCCGAAAUAUUACAUUCCUAAUUAUUCAUCAAAUUCUAAUCUUAAUGUUCCCACAACCGAUAUGCAUUCGAAUAUGUUGUCGAAUUUGUCAACGAAUUUACCGUCAAAUCUAACAACCAACCCCACGUCAUCAAUUUCAUCAUCAAUUGCUCCAACCAUUGAAAAUGAUAUAACAUCUGAUACCAUUUCACACUUACCAUCAACAUCUUCAAACGGUCCUAGCAUCGCAUCUUUAUUAUCAUCACCAGGUUCUUCAAAUAAUCAAAUGAAUUUAGACAUUCCAACAGAUCAAGAAAGUUCUCAACAACCUUCACAAGGAACUGAAGCCGAGAUGAAUGUUAAAGCUUACGGUUGUGGGGUAUCAGGAUGUGAACUUACUUUUACGAACGCUAAUGGAUUAUAUUAUCACAUGAAGGCGGCACAUCCUUCAGUGAUUGGUUCCGAUAAACCAUAUCGAUGCGCUUGGGUUGGAUGUGCUAAAAAAUACAAGAAUAUCAAUGGACUUUCAUAUCAUCUUGAUACUGCCAAAGGAUCAUCAGGGCACAAAUAUGAUACGGAAGAGGGAAUUAAUGAAGUUGUAGACAAACCCUACAAAUGUCCUGUUGCAGGUUGCAAAAAUCGUUACCUCACGGCAAAUGGGUUGCAGUAUCAUGAAAGAAGUAUUCAUGGAAAGGAUCCCGAUAAAUAUCGUGGACCUCACAAAGCAAAUUCGAAGAAUAAUCAAGGGUUGCAAAUAAAUCAACGGUUUAAUGAUUCAAAUCCACAAACAUCUUCAAAUAUGGAAAUCGAUAAUAAUGCUACUAGUGCACAGCAGCAAUGGAUGGGUAACGAUGCCUUUAGAUCCUCCAAUUUGCACGAGACAAAUCUGAAUGAACAAAAUCAAGCGUUACCAAUGUUUAAUGACAAUCCCAUUGAUGUUACAAAUAUGCUUGACAUUAGCUCAUCUCAAUUUAAUGAUCCUCAAAACCAAAAUGGACAAAAUAUAUCUAUAAACACACUAUUAUCUAUUUCUUCUACGACUCCUAAAUAUAAAUGUUGUCAUAAGGGAUGUAAACUAGUCUUUACUUCAACAAAUGAUCUUGAUAGACAUACCAACAAUGAUCAUAAUGUUCAUCCAAAUUCACAUCCUUCUAAUAUGCGUCAAUUUAAAGGGAAACCGGUAAAAAGAUGA